UGGGAAACAGCUGCGUCGUCAAGACAACAAGUAAACUCACGUCUGAGUAGAUAUGGCGGAGCUGCUGAAAAUAAAAAGUGAAGCUGAAGAGUUAAGAAAGGAAUACUUCUUCAGAAACAACCAAGCUGAGGAGAACAGACAGAAGGAAAACCAAGCUGCCACCCGGAUUCAGUGCUGGUUCAGAGCCUGCAAGGUGCAGGCUUACCUCAGGCAUCUGCACGAGAAGGCAAUCAUUAUACAGAAGAUAUGGCGAGGCUUCACAGCAAGGGCACGUUUCAGACAAAUGGUGAAGGCGGCAUAUUUUAUCAUGAAGAUGAAUUUCUACAACGAGAUGGCGGUCAGGAUCCAGCGAAGAUGGAGAGGAUUCUUUGUGAGGAAGUCUAUCCAUAACUUCUAUGCACGCAAGAGCUAUCUGGAACGACUUUCCAUAAAAAAUGAACUUGUCAGGAGGGAGUUGGAUGAACUUGAGGAACUCCAGAAGAGAGAGAGAGAUUGUCUGGAUAUGAUAAAAGAGCAGACAGUCAAGCUUUACCAAGCUCACAGGUUACACCACCUCCUCAGUACAAAACAGUGCCCAGGGGUCUUCAACUCUCCAUUCAGGCCAACUCCCCAUGAGACAGAGCUGCUGCUGAGGCAGGUCAAGUACCAGGCCCCUACCAGACUGGCCCCCAGGGGCAGGGCUUGUCUCUUGGGCAUGCCUGACUCAGCCCCGAGUUUCCCUGGGAGUCUUGGUUCCCCAUGGAUCAAAACCACUAGAACCUGCCGCUCCUCCAAGCCCAUAUUGCCCCCCAUUGUCAGCAAGAAACAGCAGGGUCUGUUCAGAGAGCCAGGCGAAGUGUGGGAGCAGCGUGUACGUUGUCCUGACCUGACAUUGCAUCUGCAGAACUCUUACACACACCUGGAGGAGACCCAGAAUCAGCUACGACAGCACAAAGGAGGAACAGGAAGUGUGCUCCACCAUCUGAGCCACAGCAGCAAUUCCUUUACACAGCUAGCCUAGGUCAAGAGCUUCAGACAGUAGAUUCCACACUGACUCCAAAGGAGGCAAAGAGAUUCAACAUGAAGGAGGUGCACGUUGAACAUCAGGAUGGAGGACAGGAUGGCAUCUACACUCUAACAGAUGACUGGGUAUUAAAAGGUAAUACGUUGUGUUACCGUAAUGAUUUUGAUUAUAAGAUCACCCAUAGAACCUCUCCAAUUUUAAAAUGUAAUCUCUCAUAUGUUUCUGUCUUUAUUUUUUGUGGGUUUUUCACUGGUUAAUCUGUGUGUAUCACCAUGUGGAUGUAUGUCACUUAUGUGUGUGUGUAUGUGUGUGUGUGUGUGUUUAAAUCCAUGUGUGUGUGUGAGAGAGAUAGUGUGGUGUGUCCAUAUAUUUGCAAGAUCUUUCUACCUGCAUGUGUGUCUGUCCAUCUGUGUGCAUCUGCACGCAUGUUUGUCUGUUCAUACACUAAAUGACCUAUAGCCCUCUGUCUCUCACACACUCCUCUCCAUCACUCCAGCCUCUCAUUACAGCUGCAGAACCCCAGCCUGUCACGUAAUUAAAGGCAAAGUUAUAAAUGACCAGCAGGCCAAAAGCCAUAUUUCACAGGUGGCCGCAUAUUUAUUUAUAAUUUUUCACCUUUAAAUGUGUUUCUUAUGCAAAUGAGAGCCAGGACACUUUUCAAUUAACUUUGGGGACCAGUCCCUCUAAGUAUUGCAGAAGCUUGUUAUUGAAAAUAGAGUAUUUUUGUUAUCAUCCAUAAAUUAUUCCUGAGUGUCAAAGAAAUUGCAAAAUGUAAUGUAUGGACCUGUAUUUGGUGCUACCAGAGGUGGCUGCUGUAUUUUCCCUCCCUUAAGGACUUGACAAUUGCUUUUCUGGAAAUACUACUUUUUUUUUUUUUCUCUAACAGGUACAUAUACUGUGUGAUGCAUUCCCUCCCUUUUUUGUCACUCUCUCUCACAUGCACACAUUCAUACAAAUGUACAUGCACACACAGCCAUACUUGUACUUAGACUGCAGGGCAGUUUAACGGUAUAUUAUAUGAGCAGUUGGCAGGCAGGUAGGUAGGUAGGUAUGGUUCUUUUAUGGUGACAGACUGAGAGUGUCCCCCUCUGCCUCAAUUUCUCCUUAACUGACCCGCUGAGGGAAAGCAGUGGAGCGACUCCGCUCUGCUAUCACCACAGGGAGAGAGAGACAGAGAGAGAAGGAGAUUAAACAGAACCAACUCUCUACCAGAGGAGUGAGGAAGAUGGAAAGUUAAGUCGCAGAGGUGUAAAAACAGGGAAACAGUGAAGAGAGCCAAAGAAAGACAAAGCGAUCAUAAAACGGGGGAAAGAACAUGUGUUCUUCCUGCUCUCCUGUCCCGUCAGUAGCCGCUCACAGUGUGAGAUGUUCAGGACAUUAACGCACGCGCGUGUGCAUUCACAAGUGUGUUACAUUUGUUACGUUGUAUGUGCAUCACGCAUUAAGGUGUGUGUGCAGCUGUGCCCUCUCCCUGGUGCGUAAAAAACGUCCAUUAAUUGAAUUCCCCCUAAUUUCCCGUCAGCCUCGCCUUGCAGAGCGAGACGCCUGCCUGCCAGCCGCGCAACGCCACACUUCAGGUAUGGUGGAUAAUGGAGGAUGACAUUUCUGUCCCACCAUGCCUCGGGGCAGCAUGUGAUACAUGGCUUCCUCUCUGAAGGUUAAACUCAGCUAACCUGCCUUUGGCGUUUCA